AUGUCGUUACCAGCAAGCACUAAUCACACAAAUUCCACAUCUACCGUUACUAACGCAAAACCCCAUAUUCGAUUAACUAUUCACAAGAGCAUCAGAUGUGAUGACAAACCAGUUGCUUCAGGGUAUUGUGACGACGGCUGUUUCCGGUGGUAUGGCAAUUUUACUGAGUGGUACUUGAAGGUAUAGUAAUUCAUUUUUUAUGAAUUUUAAAAAAUUUAAAACACCUGUUUAGACCGGUCAAAAAGUUCAUAGAAAAAAUAUUUUGGUCGGUCAAAAAGUGCGUAGACAAUUAAUGAAAAAAUGAAUUUUUUUAUUAAUUCAAAGUUUAUUCAAAACGUUCUUUCACGGUCAAAAAGUGCCUAAAAAUAUUUUUGGACCGGUCAAAAAGUACGUAGAAAUUGAUUUUGAGCCCAAAAUUAUUCAUGAAAGUCAUACCUACAGGAUUUUCGACUAAAAAUCAUCGGUUUAAAAUUAAAAUUUAAAAAAAAAAUAAUUUUUUUUCAGUUCGAAGACAACCAAAGUCGAUAUUUUGAGCUUUUCCAAGGCUACAAUUGUGAUCAGGAGCGAUUAUUCUUUGGAUGGUUCCGGAACAAUGUUUGUUUAGGCUUUCGAAGCAAAAUCGUCGCAAAUUCUUUGAAAUGUCGUGAUUCUGAAUAG